AAAUCGAAAUUUACAAUAUGCUCCACGUGUUGUUUUAUAAUACGCCCCAGCAUUUCAACUAAACCAAAAUUACAUAGUUUAGAAAUUUAUUACAGAUAAUGCCUCGAAAAUACCAAAGAAGUACUCUGAGAGCGUCAUGGGCGUCGGAAGACCUGGAAAAGGCUAUGGAGAAAGUUCGAAAUAAAGUAAUGGGUGUCAAUGAAGCUUCCAGAACUUUCAAAAUCCCAUCUCGGACACUCAGAAGGCAUCUUCUAUCUGGAAAAUUAAAGGUUCCCCUUGGUCGCAACCCAGUAUUUUCCAUCGAGCAUGAAAAAAAGAUAGUUGCUCAUAUAAAAAAAUUAGAACAAGUUGGAUUUGCCCCAGAGAGAAAAGAUGUUAAAGAGAUGGCAUUUCAAAUAGCAAAGAAACUUGAAAUAAAAAAUCCAUUUUUAGAAAGUUCGGCAUCUGCGGGCAACACCUGGUUUAUGGGAUUUAUGAAACGUAACCCUGAAUUAAGUACGAGACAGUCAGAAGGAUUAUCGCUUGCUCGGGCUUAUGGAGUUAAUCGAGAGGACGUCAAAUACUUUUUCGAUUUACUAACCAAACUCUAUGAAAAAAAUGAUUUUGCCAACCACCCUGAAGACAUAUAUAAUAUGGACGAGUCUGGCAUCCAAGUGAACAAUAAAGCUGGCAAAGUGGUAGCCACAAAAGGAGCCAGAGACGUUUUCACGCUCACUAGCUGUGAAAAAGGGGAAAAUGUCACAGUUAUUGCUUGCUGCAAUGCCCAAGGAAACUUUAUUCCUCCAGUACUGAUUUAUCGUAGUACAAAAUUAAUGCCAGUAAGAAAACUGUGAUUUUGAAAGAAGC